AUGAUCGUGCAAGACUACAUAUCGAAGCGCUUCCGAGGAGAGAAACCCAUUUCGCGAAGGCACAUGCCCAAGGGAGUGGAUUCCUGCUUCGGGAAUUUUCCGAUGCAGUACAAGACGAAGGACGCCUGGGACGGAAACCCGACUCUGCGCCGCGACUCCCGAACCUCUUACACAUCCCCGCAGCGGUCCCCCACCAAGACCCGCCGGCCAAAGGGUUCGAGGCAGCAGCAGCAGCAGCAGCAGCAGCGAGACCCGGGGGGGGAGACGCGGACAGCAGAACGGCGAGGAGAAGGGGGGGUGCCGUCACUGGCAUCAACGGAAAAAGGCAGAAAGGCGACGAGGGUCAGGCCUAAGACGGCGGGGGCGAGGCCGACUUCGCGAGGUCGGAAGGGAGGGGGGGUCGUACUUGAGGAUCUCCCGGACCGCCAGGAAUUAGAGGCGACGCGAACGUACCUGCUGACCCAAGGCAAGUUCCGCAUCACCCCGUCGAAGCUCAUGGCCAGUCUAGAGGCGGCGAGGGCCACCAACAGCAGGCCUCUCAGCGCACCGGCUAGCGUCCGUCGACGCCGCGCCCCCGCCCCCCCCAAAGCCGGCGCGUGGCGUCGGCGGGCAAUAGCCGCAACGCUCUUCCGCAAGUACUACGUGAGGGGGGACCUCCCGAUCAGCGUGGACCACUGCGGACACCGGAACGCAAUCCGUUGGAAGAUCCGACCCGCCGACCUCGACUUCCACGUCUACCUGCCCAUAUUCUUCGAUGGUUUGAGAGAGGUGGAAGACCCGUACCGUUUCCUCGCGGUCCAGGGGACUGUGGACAUGAUCGAGGGUGCUCCGGACAAGGUCCUCCCCGUCAUCCCGCAGCUCAUUUUGCCCAUGAAGACCGCCCUCAACACGAGGGAGCCCCGCAUCAUCUGCCCGACUCUCAAGAUCCUCCAGCAGAUGAUUCUGCUGAGCCCCAUGAUCGGCCAGGCGCUGGUGCCGUACUACCGACAGCUCCUUCCGAUGUUCAACCUGUUCCGCGGGAUGAACAGCAACAUGGGAGACGCCAUCGACUACAACCAGCGUUCCAGGAUCAACGUUGGAAAACUCAUCAUGGAGACCCUCGAGGUGAUGGAGCAGUUUGGAGGGCCCGACGCCUUCAUCAACAUCAAGUACAUGAUUCCAACGUACGAGAGCUGCGGGCCCUGACGCUUGUGUGCUGCCCUGACACGGGCCGGAAGAUUCGCUUUCGUUCUCGAGAAACGGACGGCGAGACGAGGAGACUUGGUCGGCCGGGAGGGAGAGGAGAGAAAGGACAUAGUUUUUCAUUGUAUUCAUGGUUGUUUUUUUCACGGCAAGCAGUAAAGUUCUGCAAAGUCUCCGCACGCGUCGCGGCAGCGAGGGUGCGCACGAUAGUCGUUCUUUGUAUGUCGUUCGUG